UUGUAAACUUUUUGACUCUGUUCGUGUUAUUGUUCCAGAUAAAUCGAAAGCAGUAUUAAAAUUUAAAAAUUAUCGAGCAAUGUUGCGUAAACCGUUUGUAAUAUAUUGCGACUUUGAAUGCUUUACUAUGCCGAUAUCGCAUACUAAGCCAAAUCCGCUUUCAUCGUACGCUUAUAAUUAUCAACAACAUGUAGCAUACAGCGUUGGCUAUUAUACCGUAUGCUCCUUUAAUGCUGUCUAUAACAAAUUCGAUCUUUUCCGCGGAGCAAAUCCUGCUGGUUGGUUUGUAUCGCAAUUGAAAGCAGAGAGUCAAAGAAUUUAUAACAUUCUGUCUUCGGAAAGUUCUCAUUCUCUCAUUCCCCUCAACGAAGAGGAAUUAGAACAACAUAAAUUAACAAACGAAUGUCCUAAUUGUUCUCUUUCAUUUUCGAAUACGAAUCCAAAGGUAAAGCAUCAUUGCCACUAUACCGGAAAAUAUAUCGCAAGUAUUUGUAAUAAUUGUAAUUUGCAGAUAAAAAAAAAUUUUGAAGUAAAAGUGGUUUUCCAUAAUUUAAAUUAUGACUUGCACUGUUUUUUUCAAGAACUGGCUGCACAGGCGAACGUUAAACUUAUUCCUUCCACUGCCGAAAAAUAUAUAUCGUUAUCAGUUUAUUUUGGAUUAGUUCGUUUGGUGUUUAUCGACUCUUUUCGUUUCUUACCCGAUAGUUUAGACAAUUUAGUAAAAAUAUUAUCCCACGAUAAACUAACACAUACUUCUCAAUUCUUUCCUAUUAUCGAACAGUUUGAUCUAGUCAAGAGAAAAGGCGUGUUUUGUUAUGAUUAUGUCAAUUCGUGGGCAUCGUUAGAAAAUACCAGUUUACCUCCUAUUGAGGACUUCUACAGUAAAUUAAAAGACGAAAAUGUUUCUAACGAAGAUUAUGCGCAUGCAUUAAAGGUAUGGGAUUUGUUUAACUGUAGAAAUUUGGGCGAAUAUUCUGAUCUAUAUUUGAAAACGGACAUUUUGCUAUUAGCGGACGUAUUUGAAAAUUUUAGAAAUUUCACAAUGACCUAUUAUGGUUUAGAUGCUGCCGAAUUUUUAACAACACCUAGUCUCGCUUAUUCAAGCGCUCUUAAAACAACUAGAGCACGCAUAGAUUUACUUACAGACAUUGAGAUGAUAUUAUUUUUUGAAAAGGCAAUAAGAGGCGGCAUAACUCAUUCCGUACAUAGGUAUGCUAAAUGUAAUAAUCUUGAAUUUCCUGACACAUUUGAUUCAAGCGAAAAAGUCAACUACCUAAUGUAUUGGGACGUGAAUUCUCUCUAUGGUUAUGCUCAAUGCCAAGCGUUACCCACGGGUAAUUUUCGCUGGUUGUCACCGGACGAAAUUAACUAUAUGGAAAUCAAGUUGAAAAGUGGCAUUUUCCACAAGUCCGAUAAUAACUUAUCUUAUGCUUUGGAGGUUGAUUUAGAAUAUCCGCAACAUUUACACACUCAAGAUUCUCAUAUACAAUUUCCUUUUUGUGCCGAACAUAUAACUCCGAAGGAAAGCAAUUUAAAAAAAUUAUGUUGCACAUUGAGCGAUAAAACUAAAUAUGUUAUUCAUUUCGAAAAUCUUAAACAAUGUUUAAAAUUUGGAUUGGUGUUAAAAAAAAUUCAUAGAGUUAUUGAAUUUAGGCAAUCCGAUUGGUUGAAAAGUUUUAUAGAUUUAAAUACAGAUUUUAGAAUGAAAAGCAAUAGUGACUUUGAAAAGAAUUUAUUUAAAUUGAUCAUAAACUCGAUAUCCUACUACCACUCCUCCAACCUAACCGACACCGUUCGCGACGUCCCGCCUGAGUUCCAGUCGGAACUCCGCGGUCUACUCACCGAGUUUGCAGACGUGCUUAAAGAGGAAAUGAGCAAUCACACCACCAGAGCCACUAAGCACAGCAUCCGCCUUCGUUACGACACGCCGUUCAGGAUCCGCCCCCUACUGUUGCUCCGACGCCAAGAAACGCUUGAUACAAGAACAGUCAUUGUCCCGAACAAAGAAUGGGCACUCUUCGCUUUUGUGUUGACUAUCGAAGGUUCAACGUCCAAACUGAGGACGACCCCAUCCCCUACGCGUCAUCAAGGACACUAUUCGGGAUAUAGAUACAGCGACGAUAUUCACCACCUUGGAUUUUCGAUUUCGUUACCGGCAGGUUCUCCUGGAUCCUUACUCACGGCCACUCACCGCAUUCAGCACACCGGCGGCUAUACCACUUUACGGUCAUGCCGUUCGAACUCAAGGGAAGCCCAGCAACAUUCGAGCGGCUUAUGA